CAAGGCAGCACCAGUCGCAAACAGACCGCUCUGCUAACAAGACGUUAUCACUAGAGAGAAUAUAGAGAAAAACGCCCGCGGUAUUCGAACAUUUUUGAAAAGAUUAUUCAUCUAUAUACAAAGGCGGGUCAAGAGGUCUUGUCAGAUAGGAGGAUACGAUCAAUCCAAUCGAUCUUGAAGUGUUGUGCACGUGUGUUAUUUAGAAUUUUUGUAAACUAGUGAGUGUUACUUUGAAAUCCGAUGCCAUCGGUUCAUAGAAUCAACAAAAUCCUUCAGGAAAACCGAGAUGCAAUGGAAACCCCCGCACGUUCGCAUAUGUUUGUCUAGUUGGUAAUUUCCCUACAUUUUCCGAGCUGCCUGCUCGAACAGUUGGUAAAUUGCCGCCCGAACGAAUGCAUCGUGUAUCCUGGCAUCGAAACCCGGAAAAGCGUGAUUUGUGAACUGUGAACCAAACAUAUAUCCCAGAUACAACAUUUUGUGCUUGCCAAAGAACUGUGAAAUCAAAAUUAACAAGAGUGAUUGAUCACUCAACAAAAUGACUUCCAUUAUGUACACCGUCUUUCACCUGGCAACGCUCCAGUGUUCCGUUCGCCCAGAGAUAUCACCUUGCACCUGUGAAGCGGGCAAGGCCUGGAACCAUGUGGAGCUAUCCUGCGAGAAACUGGAAUCAUUUAACAAAGUAGUCGACACCCUUUCCAAUAAGCUCAAUUCCGAUACCCAAAUCGACCUGAAGAUCACGUACUCACAACUCGACGACCUGGAAAUGCGAUCGUUUACGGAUAUGAACUUCAACUUGUACAAGCUACGGAUGCAAUGGAACGGUCUAAGAUCGCUGCCCGAGGUGCCGUUCCGCGGGUUAUCGAAUGUCACCUACCUAAGCAUCGGCGACAACGAACUCGACGAGAUCCCGAAGCACGCCUUGAGCCACAUGCCGAGCCUUUUGACUCUGGACAUUGGGCGGUGCAAGAUACGGGCGGUGCAACAGGAGGACUUCCGGGGCAUUCAAAGGGUGACGAACUUGAUUCUGGUGAGCAACAUCAUUGCCCGUUUGGACAGAGGAUCCUUUCCAAAGAGUCUCCUAAUCCUACAUUUGGGUAGAAAUCAAUUGGAAUCACUCAAUGGCUCACUACACGAUUUGCACAAUCUGCAAUCUCUGUUUAUCAAUGCGAAUAACAUCACAACGCUGGACAAUGAGCUGCCGGAUAAAAGUCAAUUGCGUCUCCUGAUGGCCCACAACAAUAGAUUGGAACGACUACCGGCUAAUAUGGCCGAUAUGCACAGCCUGGAAACAGUCCAUAUACAUUGCAAUCAAUUGAGAUCGUUCGAUCGCGUUCUUCGCAACGCCGUCAAUCUAUCCGAGGUCAAUGCCGACAACAAUGAAAUUGAGUACCUAGCCCAGGAUGAGUUCGCUUCUUGCUCGAAGGUGGAAAGCCUGUUAAUCGCCGUUAAUCAUAUCAAAUCACUAAACUCGUCCCUACUCCCCAUGCGCAAGCUUAUCAGUGCCAAUUUGUCAUACAAUGAGAUCGAAGAGUUCUCCAUGGCGGAACUGCAUGGACUGCGAUCGCUAAAGUCCCUUCAUUUGUCCAACAAUCGCAUCCAACGACUACUCCCCGAUCCCCGAGGAGUCCAUGAACUAAUUCUCUUAACCCUGGAACUUGAUAAUAACAGAAUUGAUUCCCUUAACAAAGCUUUGGCCGGUUUAGGCCAACUCCGAAUACUAAAGUUAGCUGGGAACCGUUUAGAGCACCUCCAAGUGGGCGAUUUCGAUGGACUUAACCGUUUGGAAAUUCUUGACCUCACUGGAAACCAGUUGGCGGAGCUGAAGGCCCUUGAAAUGACCUUGUUGCCCAGCCUGAAGAUUCUCAAGUUGGCAUACAACAAUAUAACCAAAUUGGAGGAGGACUUCAAGGGUAUGCCCGUGCUGUGCCAGGCCAAUUUGACCAACAAUCACAUCUCGACCCUAUCGAGCAAACUAGUUACCAACACUCGCUGCAAAAAUCACAAUGUUCCCGGCAAACUGGAGAUUCAUCUAGAUGACAAUCCCAUCAUGUGCGACACGGGGCUUAACGAGUUAUGCCCAUUGAUGGCAGUGCAGGAGGCUCGUAUCCGUGGUCGAUCCCAGUGCUUCGAAAAUGACCAGGAGGUGUGCACCGUACUGCCAAUGCUUUACAAGGUAGACCUGCCUAUAAUGGUCACCAAUCUGAAAAUAGGUGGUCGUGAUGAUGCCAAACCGGUGAUGCAGAUGUUGGUGCCGAUCAAGACCAAUGACAACACAUUGCCACCUAUUAUUGCCACUCUGCAGGUUAUUUCAUCGAUACCACCGCCAAUCCUCCUGACUACCACUACGCCGCCACCACCUCUGCCACUUCCUGUGCAGCCGGAAGCAGAGAAGAUCGAGUCCACCACAGCGAAUCCUGUUACUACGACCAGCACCGAGUCGUCCACGACUACCACGACAACUACAGAGUCAACAACUGAGAUGAUAACCACUACUCCACCAACCACAACAACCACUAGCACAACGACGCCAAAACCAAAUGAAACUUUGCCAGUAAUUGUGGAACUCCAGGAGGCCAAUCUAACGGGCACCCAACUCAACCAAACAGAUUUGGAUGUGGCCCAUGAUGAGGCAGAUGCCUUGGUGCCGCCAGUCGUACACGAUUCUUUGCAGCAAGAGCUAGAAAGGGAGAGGGAGCGGGAUCUAGACCGGGAUCUUGACCACGAAGCGGUGGCCAAGACCGAGUACGAGACGGUCGAGUAUAUUCCCAAUUUGGUGCAGCCUCCAAUAGGCAAUGAUGCACUGACGCCGCCGCCUAGUAAGGCGAAUGCUCUAGAGGAGGACUCCGAAUCCGUCCACUCCAACUCCGUGCACGCAGAAUACCCACACGCGGCGCAGAGCCUCCAGAUACCCGAGGAGCCGCCGGAGGAGUGAGUCCUCCUUUUAGGGGGCUUUGGCUCCUCGGGGGGAUUACCCCGAUAUAAAGAGCACAUUAUUUUACUGUAAAUCGCAGACGGGUGAAGGAGGCAGAAUCGAUAGAGAUCGGGCGGAGCAGCAUGCAAACGGCAGAGAGAGCGAGUUCGGAUUUGUAUGCCUUAAGUUAACUUAGUUCUUAUGUUUUAUUUAAGUCAUCGCUAAAAUCGAGAAAAGAUUUUCGGACCGAAUGCUUUUUUGUUGAGUUAUUUCGUUGAUUUAAUGCGCAAUUUGAUCACGAUUUUGGGGGUUCAAAGACCCCGUGACCCAGGACAAACGUACGAGGACAGUCUUAUGAUUUAAGCUUAUUUGUUGGUGGCUCAAUAUUGCAAAUGUGUGUUUUGACUUUCGUUGAUGGUUUUUCGGUUUUCAAUUUCUCAGAAUUAGGGAAUUUCGAAAAAAAUAUAUUUAUAAAGUCCUAUGUUUUCUAAUAUCUAAAAAUAUAUAUAAAGUUGAAUCUACUCAGUAUCAUUGUAGAAAGACUGGAAGCCAAACAAACAAAAUCGUUUGAAAUUGAAGUUAUUUUACAAGCUUUUGAUUCAAGUUUUUAGCGACAAACGAAAUCGAGAAAUUGAAAUUCGGAAAGCUAUCGAUAGAAUCCGAAAGGUUACGAUAUCGAAUAUGCAACUGCAUAUAAACAUUAAUUAUCCUUAUUUAAUAAUUGUAUACACGUAUGAACGUUGAACAUCUUCAAGUAGGUACUUAGAGUUAAACGAGAGCAACAAAUCGCAGCUAAUGUUAAUAACAAAAAGCACUCAACCACACAAAAAAUAAACAUUCACAAACAGAACCUUAGCAGUGCACAUGCACAACGUGAACAAACGAAUAAAAAAUAAGAAACGAGAAAAAAUAUUGUUAUCAGUUGGUUAACAUAAUGAGAAAAUAGAUUUAAGCGUGUAAUUAUAUGGAAUUGAAAAUGGUAUUCUAAAUAAAAUCGUAAAUAAAAAUCGAA